UGGCCAAGUUGCAUGGUUCUUUUAAAGUCGGAUCCUACCUGGCUGGGGGGGUUGUCUCCCUCUCGCUCCUACGCGCUGGGGGGACACCGAGAUUGCAGAGUAACUACUAGAGAGUGACUUGUAAGAAAACCAGAGAAGAGAGACUUAAAGCCAAUGGAUUCAUGGAGGCGUCCCUCCUUCCCGUGGCCUCUGUGCAGUCCCUGCAGCAGGGGGAGGCUUCUGCUCCUGUUAUUGACCGUGCGUUUGGGGAACUGUGCUGAUAAAGCAGAUGAUGAGGAUGAUGAAGAUCUAACAGUGAACAAAACCUGGGUACUUGCACCAAAGAUUCAUGGUGGAGAUGUCACUCACAUAUUGGAUUCCUUACUUCAAGGCUAUGACAGUAAACUUCGGCCAGAUAUUGGAGUGAGAACUACAGUAAUUGAAACAGAUGUCUAUGUUAACAGCAUUGGCCCAGUUGAUCCAAUCAAUAUGGAAUACACGAUAGAUAUAAUUUUUGCCCAGACUUGGUAUGAUAGUCGCCUAAAGUUUAACAGCUCAAUGAAAGUGCUUAUGCUUAAUAGCAAUAUGGUUGGAAAAAUUUGGAUUCCAGACACUUUCUUCCGGAACUCAAGAAAAUCUGAUGCUCAUUGGAUCACAACUCCAAAUCGUUUGCUUCGAAUCUGGAGUGAUGGACGAGUAUUAUAUACUCUGAGGUUGACAAUUAAUGCUGAAUGUUAUCUUCAGCUUCAUAACUUUCCUAUGGAUGAGCAUUCCUGUCCUCUGGAGUUUUCAAGCUAUGGAUACCCCAGAAAUGAAAUUGAAUAUAAAUGGAAGAAAACGUCUGUUGAAGUCGCAGAUCCCAAAUACUGGAGAUUAUACCAGUUUGCAUUUGUAGGGUUACGAAAUACAACUGAAAUUUCUCAUACUCUGUCUGGGGACUAUAUUAUCAUGACAAUCUUCUUUGAUCUGAGCAGACGCAUGGGAUACUUUACUAUUCAGACAUACAUUCCUUGUAUACUAACAGUUGUUCUUUCAUGGGUCUCAUUUUGGAUUAAUAAAGACGCUGUGCCUGCAAGGACAUCAUUAGUUUGCUUCAUUUUUGUGUUUGCUGCCUUGAUGGAAUAUGGCACCUUGCAUUACUUCACCAGCAACAAAAAAGAGAACAAAGAGAAAGAGAAGUCAUCAAAACACAAGCCAGCUACCCCCUGUGCAGUCUUUAGGAUUAAUGACCUAGGAGAGAAGGACAUCCCAACAUUAGUAGGAAUAGAAAAAAGCUGUAGUAUCUCUGAUACUCCUGCAAAGGAACAUGCAGAUCUCUAUGAAAAACAAGACUUGGACUGGCAUCUCAGUGAAAGUGGAUCCCAAUGACAACACUUGGAAUGCCAAGGCCAAUAUCCAAGUCAAAUCUGAUGCCCAAGAAGAUGUCAAUUUAGAAGAGGAAAUCUUAAUUUUCAACUGUAAACAGCUGAAUGACAGCUGCACUGUAACAAUUUACAAUAUCCAAAAUGAACCCACAAUCCAGAGUCUAGAGCUGAGUGAUGUUGUGCGGGCCAUCUUGCAGGUGUUUUAUGGCGCUCUUCAGAUGCCAUCAGCUGUAGGAUCCACUGACACCAAUGAGAUUAGCAAAAGUAAGGAAGCAGAAAUCUACCAGAGCAGUGAAGAGUGAGCCUAGCCUCUUCACAUCUGGAAGACUGACACCAUUUACAAGAUUACAACAUUCAAGAACCCACUCUCCACGGAUUGUUGCAUUUCAGGAACAAGACAGACAUAACUUGCUAAUGUUACUGAUCUGUGGGGGGGAAAAAAAAUUAAAGCAUG